AGCAAUUCUGCCGGCGAAGAAGGUGAGCGCAGUGCUGUGUGGCAGCAGAGCUCCUUAGGACGAGGAGCAGCGGGACGAGGAAGGGCAGACUGGUGAAAUCGCAAACUGGGCGUCUGUUCCGGCGCCGGACCCCUGUUUGCAAAGAAACUGAGCCCCAGCGAUACUAACUUUAGCAAGGAUACAGCUGGGAUCCUAAACUUGGCAAUCAGAGCCCAGAGCCGAUAAAGUUAGCUGCGCUCCGGUAGAUUGCAAACGACCUGCUUUCUUUCUUUUCCCGGGCUGCCUUCGGACCCCUGUCGGAUAGUAAAUCCCAAGUCAGGUACCUCCCACCGGCAGAUUUGAGCUUUCUUCUUGGACACCUAAUACCUACAGUCCUCCAGCUGCGUUCGGAUACAUGUCGGAUAGUAAAUCCCAAGUAAGGUACCUGCAGACGGAAGAUCUGAGCUUUCUUUUUGGGCACCUAAUACCCACAGUCCUCCAGGCCACCCUUAAGUACAAUGUUCUACCUAAGAAGGCAUCUGGAUUUUCUCUUUCCUUGGAAAUAGUAAAGAACUACUCUUCGACUGUUUUUGACCUCACAGUGACCCUCAAAUACACUGGAAUUUGCAAUAAAUCCAGUAUGGUGGUUAUAGAUGUAAAAAUGCUAUCAGGAUUUACUCCAACCAUGUCAUCCAUUGAAGAGCUUGAAAACAAGGGCCAAGUGAUGAAGACUGAAGUCAAGAAUGACCAUGUUCUUUUCUACUUGGAAAAUGUUUUUGGUCGAGCAGACAGUUUCCCUUUUUCUGUUGAGCAGAGCAACCUUGUGUUCAACAUUCAGCCAGCCCCAGUCAUGGUCUACGAUUAUUACGAAAAAGAAGAAUAUGCCCUAGCUUUUUACAACAUCGACAAUAGUUCAGUUUCCGAGAGAGACAAAGCAAUUACUGGAAGAGGUGGAAAAGCAUUUCUUGUAACAAACCGAUUCUUCUGUAUCAAACCUGGAAAAAAAUCAUGAACCAUCUGACAUCGUGAACAGUCUGCAGUGGGCUAUGGUUUCUUGUCAAGUCUUAUUUCCUUAUCAUCCCAUUAAAUGUUGUCAUUUUGCA